UCUGGUCUCUUGAAACAUGCUGUGUCAUGAUUACAGUGUACAUUCCAAUGUACAGUGAGUCAUAACACCAUUGCUGAGCUGUAACAAUCUCUUGGUUAAAAGAGUCCAGAACUCCAUGCCAGAUUUUGCACACAACACCCGGUUACAAUGUGGGCGUCCUAAAUAAUCUACAAAUGCAAGUCAUUCUAAUUCAGCGGUAGCUACCGUUUGGAAACGAGGUCACUCCUGUUAGAAUAAAGUAACUGAAGUUGCUGAAUAGUUCAUAAAGGCUUUCUACCACGAUACAUUUAUUGACUUACCAAGGACACCACAUGGAAAAACACACCACCAGUGCUAAGGUGCUCCUCAACCAUGCUACGAUUUUGUAUCUUCACACGGGGAAUUUAGUAAACCGAAGCCGUCUCAAGAAAAAAUGUCCGUCUUCACCUAGCGAAGAGAUUCAAGACUGUGUUCGAGCCACUCUUAAUGAGUGGUGUGCCACCAUACCACCAACGACUUCACCAACGGACCUACCAGACACCAUUGACUGCUCCAUCCCUCAAGCUACAGAAGCAAUCACACCUGAAGAAAGGGAGGAGCUGAAGGUCUCUGUGAAACUAUUUAUUUGUGAGGCAGACCUCUCUUCAAUCAAAGAUGCAGUCGAUAAGUCUUGUCAGGCCUUGGCUGUGUCCCAGCUGGACUCGGUGAUCAUUGCACCCCCUGUUCUGCCUGAGGGGGAGAGCCAGACCCUGGAGAACCUGCAGCCUGCCUGGACGGAGCUGGAGGGCUUGGUGCAGAGCCACAAGAUCGCUGCCAUCGGAACCUCCGACCUGGACAAGGAGCUCCUGGAGCAGCUCUACAACUGGGCCCAGGUGAAACCCAGUAGUAACCAGGUGAAUCUGGCCUCCUGCUGUGUGAUGCCCCCUGACCUGACUGCUUUUGCAAAGGAGUUUGACAUUCAGCUACUGACUCAUAAUGACCCAAAAGAACUGAUUACUGCUGCCAGCUUCCAGGAGGCAGUGCAGGAGAGCACUCAGGACCUGAAGGUAGCAGACUGGAGGUUGGAGUGGGUUUUGCGCUACUCCAUCAUUGUCAAAAGCAGGGGGAUCAUCAAAGCAAAAGGCUACCUUGUUCACUCAAAGAGAAACAACCUGUAGCAUGUCCUCUGAAAAUCUGUUAUUCAGAUGUUACUCAUGUCCAAUGCAUAUAAGACGGGUAUAUAGGAAGCUAAACCUUUAACAAACACGGCUACAAAACUGAAUUGGAACCACAGAAAUAAUUAAAUUGUUUAGAUGGAUCACCUUGUUUUAGUACAAUGUUAGAAUUAUUGCAAAGCAGUUUAAAGGUUAAACAGCCUCUAACCCACUACGGAAAUGUCCCAUGAUAUUUUUACAUUAUGUAGAGGUGAGUACUUUGGAUCGGUUGUUAAAGCCACAGAGCGAGAGAUGUAAAGUCCUAGUGCGCUCUGAUGUGUAUGAACAGCUCCUUCUGUUUUCUACUGUAUAAUACUGGCACCCUGUAUAGUGGGGACAAGAGCCUAAUUCCAAUACAUUCUUUUCACUCAUCAGAAAUCUAUGGUUAGUUCAUGAACUUCUCUUGAUUUAGUGUACAGUAGUGAUUUGAUUUUUAGAAACAACUUUAUGGAUGUUAAAGUGUUGUCUUUGUAUAUUCUUUUUUUUUUUUUUUUAAAGCCCAGUGCUACUGACCGGGUAUACCAGGAUAUGAUUUGUCCUAUACCCCUAACUGCUCAUACUUAUUAGAAAAUGUGUCCCCAUCUAAGUGGUAAUAUGAGAAAUAUCCCCAAAUGAGGUUUACAUUCAUAGUAGGCUUGACACCUUUAUCGUGUACGUGAUAGUACUGGAAUAUUCCAGAUUGGCAUGGAAAAUGAAUUCUAAGCUCUGAAGUGUCUGGGUGGAUGUCUUAUUUAUUAAUCAUGGCAUUUCUUCCAGGCAGGGUCCACAAUCCUAAGAAGUUUGAGUUCUCUAUUGUACUGUAAUAAUUCAUAUUUAAUGUUACCAUUUUCUGUAUUGUUCUAUUGGGUUUAUUAAAUGAUUAAACACU